CGGCGACAUCGGCGUCCACAUUCAGCACUUCAACAGUUUUAACGAGUACGUUGGUGGAACAUAUGAGUAUUUUUAUUAUGAACUGUAUAAAAAUGUGAAUACGAGCAGAUGUUUAUACACCAUUCUGACAUACAUAGAACCAAUAGACCCAAACUAUUUCACUAAUACAUCCAAGGCAGUGCUUAAAUAUGGAACAUUCUAUGUUUAGGAGGACUUUACCUAGCACAUUCCGAAUAUGGCCACUCCAUAGAGCAACAAAAUGUAGAAGUUUAUGUGAUGUUCAACAGUUGGUUGAAGGAGGGGCACUAAUUAAUGAAAUGGAUUAUGAUGGUUGCACGGCUCUACAUAUAGCUGUACAUUCCAAACUCACAGACAUAGUCAAAUAUUUGGUGGAAAAAGGAGCUGAUGUUAACGCAAUAGAAGUGACUAGAGGAAGAAGUCCUUUACAUUACGCCACUUUCAAUAACGAUCUUGAACUAGUUCGACUAUUGACAGAAUCUGGAGCCAAUGUUCAGUAUUCAAGUACAGAUGUUGAUAUAGAUAUGCCUAUCCUAUUUGCUGUAGAAGUAGGCAAUAGAGAAAUUGUGAAAUAUUAUUUAGAAAAUGGAAUCGACGUAGAUGUUAAAUUAGGAAAAAACGAAAUGACCCCUCUUCAUAUUGCUGCCAGCAGGGGUUACAUCAAAUUAGUGGACUAUUUACUGUUAAACAACGCUAACGUGCAUCUCAAAGAUCUUCAGAAUCGGAGUUCAAUUCAUCAUGCUGUUAUAAGUGGGAAAGUUAAAAUUGUUCAUGACAUUAUAGAAAAAGGAGUUAAUAUAAAUGAUGGAGAUAUAUUUAAGUGGACUCCUUUAUAUAUAGCUUGUAGAGUGAACUAUUUCGAAAUUGUCAAAUUACUUUUUAAAAACGGUGCAAUGAGUAACCUAGAGGAAAGAUCAAGAAAUCGAUGUCCAGUCAAUUUGGCAACUAAAAUGGGUAGGCUAGAAAUUGUAAAAUAUUUUAUCAUUGGAGGUGUAGAUGUGAAUGGCACAACUGAACAAUGUACUCUUCUACAUGUGGCUUCAAGAUUUAAACAAUUUGAAAUAGUUAAAUAUUUGCUUGAAAAUGGUGCAGACGUUAACAAGAAAGUUCAAGGGGUUACGCCUUUGUAUGUUGCGGUAGACAAUUUGUGCCCAAAUGUUACAGAAUUGUUAAUUCUGAAUGGAGCUGAUUUAAAACUAGCUGAAUAUGAAGGAGAAUCAAUACUAUGGUUAGCUUUAGAAGCUGUUAGAGCUUAUGAGCCACGAAAUCAUACGGUCGUUGUUAAAGUAAUAAUCAAAUACACCUUUUUGAUAUACAAUUUCAUUGGAGACUUUAUUCCAAAUAGUUGGCCUUUCUUCGAAGAAUUAACGCAAUACUGUAAAGACUGUCGAAAUGAAAUAACAAGGAUGAAUAAUGUGAUAAUAAAGAAUAGUACUAUUUCAUUAUAUCAAAUAAUUUGCGACACCAAUAAACAUAACGCGUUUAUUAAAUAUCUAUGUAACGACAAUAUUAAAAACGGGAUACAAAAUAUUGAAGAUUGCCUUAAAGACUUUUCGAUAUAUAGUAAUAUUAAUCCGUUGAUACAACUUAAUAUUAAAAAAGGUAUUCAAAGGAUGGAAUUAUUUAAAGAUGCUGACUUGGCAAUGAAGAAAUUUGUGCCUAAGUUACCGUUGGAAAUAAGAUGGAAAAUAUUGGACUAUUUAGACUUGACUGAGAUUAAAAAUGUGAUACAAUCCGAUUUGUUUUAAUACUAAUUAAUAUUUGUAUUUGUUUCUUUUAAAAAUCGUUAAUAAUUUAAUGCACAUAUAGGGGCCCAUAAUACAAGAUAGACAAAAUAUAGGGGUAGGUUGGAAAGACCACGCUAUAGCAUUCUGAAAUCUGAUAAUUAUGUUUAAAAUUCGGCUAGAACUAUUAUAAUUUUUAGCAGUCAACCAUCCAAAUAUUGUCAACUACAUCUGGUCCUGAUUUUGUUGUUUAGCAUGUGGCUAUUAUAUUAUUCUUAUUAAAAAAUAAACAAGAUAUUGUGUAGACUUUGUUUAUCAUUGUUUAUUAUAGCUGUAUUAUAGCUGAAAUAUUGUUUAUUAUAGCUGAAAAUAUUCGGGGGUAAUUACACAAGUGCAUCAAAAUUAUCUAUAAUUUUGCUUGAUUGACAGCGUAUUGCCUAAAAAUUACUAGAAUUCAUUUUCAUAUUUUGGCGAAAGAGCUCGACUCCGAAGGAGGAGGGCUCUUUUGCCAAAAUGUGAAAAUAGACGAGAGUAGUUUUUAAAAGGCAAUACACUUGAAACCUAAAGUAUCUGAUUAUUUUGAUGCACGAGUGUAAUUUAGGGAGAAAAUUACUCGAAGAAAGUGAAACUAUCAAAUGAAGAAAUAAUAAUUUUCUAAACAAUUUAUUUAACAAUACAA